UGUCCGUGUGCGAGAGAGUGUGUGUGUGUGAGUUUAUGGCCAAGAAAUCUCCGACAAAUUGGCGGGAGUUCUUGAGAGAUGAAACAUCAGAGAGAAAGACAGUGAGGAUCCGAUUUAACAGGGUCUCUUGAACAAUUUCACUUCCACGAACCAAAAGACAUGAAGAUGAGCAAGAAAAAAAGGAAAUACACUCACACUUUGAUUUCUUUCCCUUUCUCUUUCAAUUCCCAUCCCUUUCUCGCCCAUUUUCCCGAGAAUCAUUCAAAAACCCAACUUCUUCAAUCCAUUCGCAGUCAUUCCUCAAUAAAUUCCUAUAUUACACAUUUCAGUUUUCUCACCAAUUUUCUCGAGAAUCAUUCAAAAACCCAACUUCUUCAAUCCAUUCCCCCUCCUCCUUCAUUAAAUUUCUGUAUUGUACACGUAUAUGUUGUAGACAAAUGGUACGUUGUUAUUCCAGAGAACAGGGUUUGUGUGAUCCAGAGAGAAAGCCGAAUGCCCCAGAUUUGAAUCUAUGAGAAGUACUUACGUCAAAUAGAACAGAGGAAAUCUUUGAGAAGCUGAGCUUUGGACCAUGGGCACUCCAGUGAACAUUAUCGCAGGUUCCCAUGUCUGGGUCGAGGACCCAGCACUAGCUUGGAUUGAUGGACAGGUAUUAAAAAUUAAUGGGGCAGAAGCUGAGAUUCAGACUAGAAAUGGGAAGAAGGUUGUUGCAAAGUUAUCAAAUAUUUACCCUAAGGAUAUGGAAGCUCCUGCUUGUGGAGUUGACGACAUGACAAAACUAUCUUAUUUGCAUGAGCCUGGAGUCAUGGAGAAUCUUAAAAUUAGAUAUGAACUUAAUGAAAUCUAUACUUACACUGGAAAUAUUCUUAUUGCAAUUAAUCCAUUCCAAAGGUUGCCUCAUCUUUAUGAUGCUCACAUGAUGCAACAAUACAAGGGUGCACCAUUUGGAGAACUAAGCCCUCAUGUUUUUGCAGUUGGUGAUGUUGCUUUCAGAGCUAUGAUAAAUGAGGGAAAAAGCAAUUCAAUUCUUGUCAGUGGUGAAAGUGGAGCAGGUAAAACUGAGACCACAAAAAUGCUUAUGCGGUACCUAGCCUUUUUGGGUGGUCGGGCAGCUACUGAAGGACGCACAGUUGAACAACAAGUUCUUGAAUCUAAUCCAGUUCUUGAAGCAUUUGGCAACGCUAAAACUGUUAGAAAUAACAAUUCCAGCCGAUUUGGUAAAUUUGUUGAGAUCCAGUUUGAUAAGCUUGGAAGAAUAUCAGGAGCAGCUAUCAGGACUUAUCUUCUAGAGAGAUCUCGGGUUUGCCAAAUUUCAGAUCCGGAGCGCAAUUACCAUUGCUUUUACCUUCUUUGUGCCGCACCACAGGAGGAAAUUGAGAAAUAUAAGUUGGGAAGUCCCAAAUCAUUUCACUAUCUUAACCAGUCAAAGUGUUACGAGCUGGUUGGUGUAAGUGAUGCCCAUGACUAUCUUGCCACUAGGAGAGCUAUGGAUAUUGUUGGAAUAAGUGGAAAGGAUCAGGAAGCAAUUUUCAGAGUUGUUGCUGCAAUUCUUCACCUUGGCAAUAUCGAUUUUGCGAAGGGAAAGGAAAUGGAUUCAUCAGCUCCAAAGGAUGACAAGUCCAAAUUCCAUCUUAAUAUGACAGCUGAACUUCUUAUGUGUGAUCCUGUGGCCUUGGAAGAUGCAUUAUGUAAACGUGUGAUGGUCACCCCUGAAGAAGUUAUAAAGCGAAGUCUUGAUCCUCUUAGUGCAGCAGUUAGCAGGGAUGGUUUGGCUAAGACAGUAUAUUCUCGAUUAUUUGAUUGGUUGGUGGAUAAAAUUAAUGUCUCGAUUGGACAAGAUCCUAACUCAAAAAAUCUGAUUGGGGUCCUUGACAUCUAUGGUUUUGAAAGCUUUAAGAACAACAGUUUUGAACAGUUUUGCAUUAAUUUCACAAAUGAGAAACUGCAACAACAUUUUAAUCAGCACGUAUUCAAAAUGGAACAAGAAGAAUACACGAAAGAGGACAUUGAUUGGAGCUACAUCGAAUUUGUUGAUAAUCAAGAUGUUUUGGAUCUCAUUGAAAAGAAACCGGGUGGAAUCGUCGCGCUCCUUGACGAAGCCUGUAUGUUUCCGAAGUCAACACAUGAAACAUUUUCGAAUAAGCUUUAUCAGACAUUUAAAAAUCACAAGCGCUUCAUCAAGCCAAAACUCUCUCGAACAGAUUUCACAAUUUCACAUUAUGCUGGAGAGGUUCAAUAUCAAUCUGACCAAUUUCUGGACAAAAACAAAGACUAUGUGGUUCCUGAAUAUCAGGAUUUGUUGGGUACUUCCAAAUGUUCUUUUGUAACAGGCCUUUUCCCUCCAAUCCCUGAAGAAACUACCAAAUCUUCAAAAUUUUCUUCAAUUGGUUCUCGUUUUAAGCUACAACUACAACAGUUGAUGGAAACAUUAAAUGCUACAGAGCCUCAUUACAUUAGAUGUGUAAAGCCAAAUAAUCUUCUGAAACCUGCCAUUUUUGAAAAUGACAACAUCAUGCAACAGUUGCGUUGUGGUGGUGUUUUAGAGGCGAUCAGAAUCAGUUGUGCUGGAUAUCCUACUCGCCGUGCUUUUUUUGAAUUCAUAAAUCGAUUUGGACUUCUUGCUCCGGAGUUUUUGGAAGGGAACUACGAUGAAAAAAUCACAUGCAGAAAAAUUCUGGAAAAGAAGGGUCUUCAAGGGUUCCAGAUUGGCAAAACAAAGGUUUUUUUGAGAGCUGGUCAGAUGGCUGAAUUAGAUGCACGAAGGGCAGAGGUACUUAGUAAUGCAGCGAAAACCAUACAAUGGCGCGUACGAACUCAUAAUGCUCGUAAACGUUUCAUAGCAUUGCGGAAGGCUGCCAUUUGUGUGCAAUCCCUAUGUAGAGGUAGACUGGCUUUCAAACUUUAUGAGAAUAUGAGAAGGGAGGCAGCUUCUCUGAAUAUCCAGAAGCACACACGUAGAUACCAAGCCAGAAAAGCCUAUAGAAAACUCUGGGUUUCGGUGCUUGCCCUGCAAACUGGUUUGCGUGCUAUGGAUGCUCGAAAAGAAUUCAGAUUUAGGAAGCAGACUAAAGCUGCAAUUAUUAUUCAGGCCGGGUGGCGUUGCUAUAGAGCUUUCUCAUACUACAAGAAGCUCAAGAGAGGAUCAAUAGUUACACAAUGCAGAUGGAGGGGAAGAGUUGCCAGGAGGGAGCUACGGAAUCUCAAAAUGGCCGCAAGGGAAACAGGUGCCCUUAAAGAAGCAAAGGAUAAGCUUGAAAAACAAGUGGAGGAACUCACAUGGCGUGUACAGUUGGAAAAACGAUUAAGGACUGACUUGGAAGAAGCAAAAGUGCAAGAGAUCGCCAAAUUGCAGAAUUCUUUGCGAGAUACACAAAAAAGAAUUGAUGAAACAAAUGCAUUGGUUGUCAAGGAACGAGAUGCUGCAAGGAAGGCAAUUGAAGAAGCACCACCUGUUAUCAAGGAGACCCCAAUUAUUGUUGAAGAUACCGAAAAAAUUCAAUCGCUAACUGCAAAAUUGGAGAGAUUAGAGGCCUUGCUGCAGUCAGAAAAGGACAAAAAUGAUGAUUUGGGGAGGAAAUACGCUGAGUCUGAAGAAUCUAGUGAAGAAAGACGUAAAAAGUUGGAUGAAACAGAUAGAAAAGUUCUACAACUUCAGGAUUCAUUAAGCAGGUUAGAAGAGAAGCUCACCAAUAUAGAAUCAGAGAAUAAGGUUCUCCGACAACAGGCUGUGACUUUGGCACCUAAUAAAUUCCUCUCAGGACGUUCUAGGUCAAUUGUUCAGAGGGGUGCUGAAAGUGGUCAUAUUUUUGGGGAUAGAAAGAUGGAACUGGAUCUGCAUAGCUCUUCAAUGAACCAGAGGGAUUUUUCUGAAGUGGAGGAAAAACCACAAAAAUCACUAAAUGAGAAACAGCAGGAGAAUCAGGAGUUACUCAUUCGAUGUAUUGCACAAGACCUAGGUUUCACGGGAAAUAGACCAAUUGCUGCGUGUACCAUUUAUAAAUGCCUUCUGCAAUGGAGAUCUUUUGAAGUUGAGCGAACUAGUGUGUUCGAUAGAAUCAUUCAAACCAUAGGCCAUGCUAUUGAGAAAACCCAGGAUAACAAUGAUGCCUUGGCCUAUUGGUUAUCCAAUUCCUCAACUCUUUUGCUGCUACUUCAGCGUACACUAAAAGCCAGUGGUGCAGCUGGAAUGGCUCCUCAACGUCGUCGAUCUUCAGUUAGUCUGUUUGGGAGGAUGACGCAGAGUUUCCGUGGAACUCCGCAAGGAGUUAGUCUCUCCUUUGUAAAUGGUGGCGUUACUGUUGGAGUAGGAACUUUACACCAAGUUGAAGCCAAGUACCCGGCUUUGCUUUUCAAGCAGCAACUUACAGCAUAUGUAGAGAAGAUUUAUGGAAUGAUCCGAGAUAAUCUUAAAAAAGAGAUUUCUCCAUUGCUUGGGUUGUGCAUCCAGGCUCCAAGAACUUCCAGAGCAAGCUUAGUUAAGGGUUCACCACGUUCAGUUGCAAACACUGCGGCCCAGCAAGCUUUGAUUGGUCAUUGGCAAGGGAUUGUGAAGAGCCUUGGAAAUUUUUUGAACACUUUGCAAGAAAAUCAUGUGCCCCCAUUUUUAGUUCGUAAGGUUUUCACACAAAUAUUUUCUUUCAUCAAUGUUCAACUAUUCAACAGCCUUCUAUUAAGGCGAGAAUGCUGUUCGUUUAGUAAUGGUGAAUAUGUUAAAGCAGGACUGGCUGAAUUGGAAAAUUGGUGUUACAAGGCAACCGAUGAGUAUGCAGGUUCAGCGUGGGAUGAGCUCAAGCAUAUCAGACAGGCAAUAGGAUUUCUGGUUAUACAUCAGAAACCAAAGAAAUCACUGAAUGAAAUAAGCCGUGACCUGUGCCCGGUGCUUAGCAUACAGCAGCUAUAUCGGAUCAGUACAAUGUACUGGGAUGACAAGUAUGGCACUCAUAGUGUUUCCCCAGAUGUUAUAUCCAGCAUGAGGGUGUUGAUGACUGAAGACUCACACAGUGCAGUUAGCAAUUCUUUUUUAUUAGAUGAUGAUUCGAGCAUUCCAUUUUCGGUGGAUGACAUAUCAAAGUCGAUGGAACAAAUAGACAUCUCUGAUAUUGAACCACCACCUCUUGUUCGCGAGGACUCAGGCUUCAGCUUCUUGUUGCCGCAAUCUGACUGACCACUUUCGAUAUUGCAUAGUAACAGAAGGCUUCUUUUUUGUCUUUCGUUUACAGUCAGGUUCUGUACAUUUGUACACUAACACUAAUUCCUCUUUAGUUGUGGAUCUUACAUGAGGUUAUUCAUCGCCAUUUUGCUGCAAUUUGUAAAGUGUUUCUUCGAAAUUUCUAUUGGACAUUUACUUGCUAUGCACCAAGAUGUAAUCAUGCCUUUGCUUCCUACCAAGAUGUAAUCUAGAUUUAUGUUUUUAUUCUCUCUC